GUCUGUUCACGUGAAGGUAAUGGAGGUCAGUCUAGUCUGUUUUCUGUUUUUUUUAAUGGACAACAUUUUUAGUCCUUCAAUGGUUGUGAUCCUCGUAGAAUGAUUUUGAACAAAAAAAAAAUCAAAGAACAUGUCAUCGUUUGGACUGGAUCAUAUUAUAUUGAAAAUAUGUUCCAGCACUUUAAAGGCAGGUAUACAAAUGUCAUGGUUUCCCCUUAGUUUCUAUUAAGGGGAACCUCAGACUUGCCUGCACAGAACCCUGACCUUAUCCCCUUGAACAUGUUUGGGGUGAAUGGGAUGCCGUCCUUAUUGCCCAACAUCAGCCCCCGAACUCACUAAUGCUCUUGUGGCUGAAUCCAGGUCCCAAAAUCUUGUGGAGAGCCUCUUGAGAAGAGCGGAUGCUGCUAUAGCAGCAGAUUUAUGCCCAUGGUUUUGGACUGAGAUGUUGAACAUCACACAAGUGUAAUGUUCUGUUGUCCACAUACUUGACAUAGAGUCUAUGGCUCAACAGCUGCAAAAAUCCAGCACGUCUGAUUGUCAGACUAAUGCUGCACUUGUAAUAAAUGAUGUGUCAGAACGGGCCCAGUUACACUGGGCAAAGGUAGCUCGUAUGCCGCUAACUGGAGCUGAUUGCUCGUUCAAGUCAGCAAAAUCUCCGUUCUCUGACAGUGAACAACAGCCAUUCCACUGUGUAUCUUUACAAUUGCCAGAGUGACAGUUGUUCUUGGUAGUUGAAUCUUGCUGGGAAGAGUGAAAAUCCUCAAUGACUGAUGUGAAGGCAGCGUACUCCACGUUCCUUUUUAUGUGCUGCACAAAAUCAAUCAGUUCAGGGUGUUCUACUGUAAUCCCUUAAUAUACGCUGGGCUUCUGUAACAUUUACCAGUUGGAUGUGAAACAUCUUGUAUAGUCCUGUCAAGUCACCGAUUGUGUUGUUCAAAAUGAGCUCAAUUUGAACUGACAGGCUCUUGCAUUUGCCAGCUGUAGAACACCGACGAGGCUACCAGGCUCAUAUCCGGUUGUUUUGGUGCUGGAACAUCAAUGAGCGCACCCUCACUCAGCUGCAAUCAUCCUGAUUCGGCUGGUUACUUGCUACGGAAUUAGAUGAUGAAAGAUGCGAGUAAAUAUCUCUGUACGUUUAAGCAGAGAAGUUUGUUAUAAGUAACCACAGGUUGCAGAUGCUUGCACAGGAGCUGAUGGGUACACUUAAUGUCAACAACAUAUUAUGCAUCCCUGCACAUCAAACAAGCUGAUUGUUUGAUCCAACUUUCUGUUAAGAGGUGGGUUCAAAGGUGUGCACGCUCGCUAACAUGCAGCCUGAAGAAGCAUGUUCAAGAGUUACCUGACAAAAAAUCAUAGAGGAAAAACCAUUUUCCUCUACUCUCCUCUCUACUUUUUUUUAUUUUAUAAGAUGGCCGUCACAGGAGGCCAAGGCUGUAGUGUCUCACUUUCUUGCAAAGUAAGUUUUUGUAUACUAUAAAAUCAUCUUUGUCAACAUUUCUUUACCUGAAGACUAUUGCACAGCAGCAUAACGUUAACGGAAGAUCGCAUCCCAUGUUUGUUUCAAAGAGAUCACUUUCGUGUUGGUGUAAGUAAAGCAGAAUUUGAACUGAAGUGAAACACUGUACCAGUGGAAAUCAUCAUGUAUCUGAAGAAGACGCAGUGGGUUGUAGCUAUACCUAAAAUAAGUUACAUUACAAAUACAUAAAAUAAUUAGGAAGUUAAUUAAAAAUAAGGAACAUUGCACUAGUAUACUGUGAACUAACAGGCAAAGUGAGUCCGUCUUACACAUGAUACAUGAUGUCAGCUCAACAACACGGGCUUGCAGUCAGACAACACACCAUACCCGAAUUUAAGGACAUUCUACAAUAUCUGGAUUACUUGAAGAUUGAUGAACCCAUCAUUGGUUUGAGCUAUUUGGAUGAAGCCCCUGGUAAUGACCAAUACCCAGGCCCCAGAUACCUGUGUAGGCUAUGUCAUCUGACUACAAACCUACCAGAAAUGGUCCACCAUGUGAUUGGACGUAAACACAGACAGAAAUACGUGGAAUUGAAACGGCCAGACUUGGUGACCUGGGAUAAACAAUCCAUAAUAACCCAAGGAGGAAAGAUCAUACGAGCUAGAGCAGAAAUAAUAGAGAGACAGGAUGGGCGAGGGAAUCCAAAUCCAAUGGCCAAAAGAGGGACUGAAGGCAAGUUAAACAUUUCAAAAGUUCCCCCAAGGCAGAAGCAAAAUAGGGACAGGAAUGACGCACAGAGUUGGACACAAGAUGUACCAACACACUUGCCAGACCUCAAGGACUAUGAGGAUAAGUACUCUCAUCGAGGGAGACAUCCCCCAGUUUACCCUGAUAUACCCCCAUUCCACCCAGAUGAACCUUACAUGAACAGAGACAGACAGAUGUUCCAACGAGAGGACAGUCUCAGUCGUGACUACAUGGAAGAAGACCUGCACAGGGCAGAUUACCGGGAAAAUAAUACAUGCAGAGAAUAUAUGGGCACUGAUAAUCGUAGGGAAUAUAAAGAGGAAUAUGUUGAAGAUCUACAAAGAAGAGCCACACUUGAGCCAGGUGGAGUUACCAGGUAUGAUCCUAGGGAGGAGAUGCCAAUGCCCCAUGGCCAGACUCAGCAUGUAGAGUAUUACCCAGAAGAGGCUCCUCCUAACAGAGGACCCUACACAGAAAGAGAUCUUCUGAAGGAGUUCUACUCUGAGGAAGUUCGGCGCAGGCGAGUUCGUUCUGAGUAUCAGCCCUCACAGCCGUUGUACCCAGACAGUAUGAACAGAGAAAGUAGGCAGGGAUCGGGUGAACCAGAGGCCAAGAGGAGGAGCUUUCCCGCACCUAUUGCGAAUGACCAAGCGCACGAUCAUUUAUUUAAUAUUAUCAAAGACUAUCAGCACAAAAUGAGAGAACCACAUGAAGAGGUGGCAGUCUCUAACCCUGGGCUAAACAGAACAGGAGCCCCUUCCUCCCAGAGACGAGUGGAAGUUACCAGGACCAUGUCUGGCAUCCCAGAGCCAUUCAGGCGCUUUCUGACCGGGGCCACUAAUGAUGAAGGACAUGGUAAAAGAAAAAGAAAAAGCCGCUUCUCUGAUGCCACUGCAGAGGAGGUGGAAAUGACGAAGGAGAUGUUCAGUGAUGAAUAUGGACCUCCAAAUCCAAAGUUUGGUGGUCAUCCUAGACCAGUUAGUGCACAACUGAGACCUGAAACCCAUGGAACACAACAUCCUGACCGCUACACAGAAUCACAGAGCCCACAUCAUACUCAAAUCUACCAAAAAGGCAGCUCUGGAUCAGAGGGUGUCUUUGAUAUGCUGAAAAGCAUAGAAAUUGAGAAUGCGGAAGAAGCUGACUUCCUGAAGAACAAACUUUGCAGCCUUCUGAGAGAAUUCAAGACCAAAAAAUCAGAGAAGGCUGUGCAAAAUAGCCAAGGUGGAGCAGCCCUCAACAACAAUUACAACAGCUUAAAGCCGGACCUGCAGCUGUCUCCACACAAGUAUGAAAGAACCCUCAGAGAAGAUUUAGACCUCAGACAACCACAAGACUUUCGUUUCAAAGAUGAUCACAGAGGACGAGGCUGGAUGCAGCAUGAGUAUAUACCUGAUGAACAGCUGCAAGAAUACCACCGCCCUGUACACAGGGAACACAGACACACAAAUAGAAGCCGUUAUGAAGAUGAGCCAGGACAUUAUGCUGAAAGGUUUCAAGAACCCAUGCACCCUCGUGACUACCGACCUGCUGAGGAGUAUUUUGACUCCCACUCUUCUUCACCUUCCCUACACAUGGAACAAAAUCCCAGGAUGCACAGGGGCCCACAAUACUCCAAGAACCUGGACAAAAUAACCUCCACCCUCCUUGAACUUGUGGCAAGGAAAUAAUCAUCCAGUAUAUUUCUAUAGAUCAAUACUUAAUAGAAUACUUUGUGAAAAUAUUAUUUGUUGUUAAAUUUCCUUCCACUUUUUUUUUAAAAAUUAGAUUAUUUGCCUCAGACUUUUGUGAAUUUGGUUCUUUUCAAAAUUUUAAAGUCUGAUUGUUUAUGUAAACAUUAAAACAUUUGUCUACUGCA